CGGUCGGACCCAGAGCAGAGCAGCAGAGACGUAGUGUAAUGUGAUCACGGCCGCUUGGUGAUACAGAACAGUCGGGUGUGUGGGGAUCUGAUCGGGGCAGGAGCGGAGUGCCCGUACAGUGCAGGCCAGUAUCCAGGACCCGGGGAGGCGGCUGGGCUACAGGACGGUCCCUCGGCCCCGGGACUGGCGGGAGGCAUGCCGCAGGACUCUGUUGCUCUUCUCCGCAGCUCGGACUGUGCAGCAUCCCGGAGUGCGGCCGCGGCGGCGGCUUGCUGAGGAAAGCAGCAGCAGCGUCUAUCCCCCUCCGCUAAUACGGUAAUGGAAGAGACUGCGAUAUGGGAACAGCAGACAGUGACGCUACACAGGGCCCCAGGAUUUGGAUUUGGGAUCGCAAUAUCAGGAGGCAGAGAUAACCCACAUUUCCAGAGUGGAGAAACAUCUAUAGUUAUCUCUGAUGUUCUCAAAGGAGGACCCGCAGAAGGGCUGUUGCAGGAAAAUGACCGUGUUGCAAUGGUCAAUGGGGUGUCUAUGGAUAAUGUUGAACAUGCAUUUGCUGUUCAACAAUUAAGAAAGAGUGGUAAAAAUGCCAAAAUUACUAUACGGCGGAAGAAAAAAGUACAGCUUCCAGUGGCUCGUCCUGACCCCGAGCCAGUGUCUGACCAUGAGGAGGACAGCUAUGAGGAUGAGGUGCCUGAUCAGAGAAGUGCCCACAGUGGCCCUGGUGCCAUCAGGAGAAGUGAGAAGAGUUUGGUUAGGGACAGAAGUGCCAGCAGAGAGAGGAGUUUGUCACCUAGAUCAGACAGAAGAUCCGUUGCUUCCAGUCAACCUCCAAAACCUACCAAAGUGACCUUGGUAAAAUCCAGAAAAAAUGAAGAAUAUGGAUUAAGAUUAGCCAGCCACAUUUUUGUAAAAGAAAUCUCUCAAGAUAGUCUGGCAGCGAAAGAUGGAAAUAUUCAGGAAGGCGACGUUGUGCUUAAGAUUAAUGGCUCAGUCACCGAAAACAUGUCUUUGUCUGAUGCAAAAACAUUGAUAGAAAGGUCAAAGGGUAAAUUAAAAAUGGUAGUUCAAAGAGAUGAGCGAGCAACUCUGCUGAAUGUCCCUGAUCUAGAUGACAGCCUUCAUUCUGCAAACGCUUCAGAGAGAGACGACAUUUCAGAAAUUCAGUCGCUGACAUCGGAUCAUUCCAAUCGUUCACAUGACCGGCCUCGCCGCAGUCGUUCACGUUCUCCUGACCAGAGAUCGGAGCCUUCAGACCAUUCCAGACAUUCUCCACAACAGCACAGCAACAGCAGCACACGGAGUAAAGAGGAUGAAAGGGUAUCAAAACCUGCAGCUUUAUCGACACCUGUGAAAAAUACAAAUAGUGCAUCCCUGUCCAGAGCAGCAGAGGAACCCUUGCUAGAAAGAGCUGAAAAGCUGACGCCUCCUCUUCCAGAGCCAAAACCAGUAUAUGCCCAGUCUGGACAGCCUGAUGUAGACCUGCCUGUCAGUCCAUCUGAUGGACCUUUCCCGAACUCAACGCAUGAAGAUGGCAUGCUUCGACCGAGCAUGAAACUGGUUAAGUUUAGAAAAGGAGACAGCGUCGGACUACGUCUCGCAGGGGGUAAUGAUGUUGGCAUUUUUGUAGCUGGCGUUUUGGAGGACAGUCCUGCAGCAAAGGAAGGACUGGAAGAAGGUGAUCAGAUUCUGAGAGUCAAUAAUGUGGACUUUACCAAUAUCAUCAGGGAGGAAGCUGUCCUUUUCUUGCUAGACUUGCCUAAAGGAGAAGAGGUCACAAUCCUGGCUCAGAAAAAGAAAGAUGUUUAUCGUCGAAUUGUUGAGUCAGAUGUUGGGGAUUCCUUUUAUAUCCGGACCCAUUUUGAAUAUGAGAAGGAAUCUCCAUACGGCCUGAGUUUUAACAAAGGAGAGGUGUUUAGAGUUGUAGAUACUCUAUACAAUGGGAAGCUAGGAUCGUGGCUGGCAAUUCGAAUUGGUAGAAAUCAUAAGGAGGUGGAAAGGGGAAUUAUCCCAAAUAAGAACAGAGCUGAGCAGCUUGCCAGUGUCCAGUACACGCUUCCUAAAACAGCCGGCGGGGAUCGCGCUGACUUUUGGCGAUUCCGGGGUCUUCGUAGUUCCAAGCGAAAUCUCAGGAAAAGCAGAGAAGACCUCUCAGCCCAGCCUGUUCAGACCAAGUUUCCUGCAUACGAAAGAGUUGUCUUGCGAGAAGCUGGAUUCCUCAGGCCUGUUGUUAUCUUUGGUCCCAUUGCUGAUGUUGCACGAGAGAAAUUGGCAAGAGAGGAACCGGAUGUCUAUGAGGUGGCCAGAAGUGAACCCAGAGAUGCAGGUACAGACCAGCGAAGCUCUGGGAUCAUCCGUCUACACACGAUCAAGCAGAUUAUUGACAGGGAUAAACAUGCACUUCUGGAUGUGACUCCAAAUGCUGUAGACCGCCUGAACUAUGCACAGUGGUAUCCAAUAGUAGUGUUCCUUAACCCCGACUCCAAGCAGGGCGUGAAAACUAUGCGAAUGAGGUUGUGCCCUGAAUCUCGUAAAAGUGCCCGAAAACUAUAUGAACGUUCACAUAAACUACGCAAAAAUAAUCACCAUCUUUUUACAACUACCAUUAAUUUAAAUUCUAUGAAUGACGGCUGGUACGGAGCACUGAAAGAAUCUGUACAGCAGCAACAGAACCAACUGGUUUGGGUCUCAGAAGGCAAAGCAGAAGGUGGCACAGAUGAUGAUCUUGAUUUGCAUGACGACCGUCUAUCCUACUUAUCAGCACCAGGUAGUGAGUACUCAAUGUAUAGCACUGAUAGCAGGCACACCUCAGACUAUGAAGAUACGGACACAGAAGGAGGGGCUUACACUGACCAAGACCUGGAUGAGACUCUAAAUGACGAGGCUGGGACUCCACCAGAGUCUGCCAUUACGCGCUCUUCUGAACCUGUCCGCGAUGACACUUCAGGGAUACAUAAUCAGGAGAACCAGGCUUACCCAUCUUAUCCACCACAGCCACAGCCAAUCGUCCGAACAGAUUCACCAGGAUAUAAAAAUGUACCAUCUCAACAGAAAGCUGAUGCCUUACCUGCUGCCCCUUACCUUUCUCUGCCGUCUGAAACAAACACUGCAACUUCAACUGCUGCUGUAAAUGUAAAUCUAAAUAAUGUCAGAUUGGAGGAACCCAACCCCGCCCCAUACAGCUCUUAUCAAGCACAAGCUGGCCCAAUGCGAUCACCAAACACUGAGGCAGCUCACAUAAUGCUAAAAGACCAAGAGCCUUCAUCUUUACCUGUGCACAUAGAUCCAGCAAAGGUAUAUAGAAAAGAGCCAUAUGCUGUGGAAGAGAACCCUAGGCACAAUUACCUGAUGAAACAACAAGUGCUUGCCCAUCAGAGGCCAGAGAAAGACACUACGCUCAGCAUUGAUACCCUGCCAUCUUAUGCAGAAAAACCAAUGAGUAGAGAAUAUGAUCAGUCUUACAGAUACGACCCUGGAUCGGAUUAUGUGGAUGAGUUGCCUCACAAUUAUGACCCACGUAUACAUAGCGAUGAUCAUGUGCCUACUUACGAUGAUCAGUGGGGUUAUUAUGAGGAUAAGCAGUCCUAUCCAGCAAGGUCACAGUUUGACAGUAAGCUUAGGGACUUUAGUGUCAGACAGCACUCAGAAGAAAGCCUGGAACGCAGCUACUUUACUCAGCAACCUCGUUUCGAGGAGCCGCCUCCUGUUGCCUAUGACAAUCGACCUCGUCCAUCUAAAAAUUACAAAGCACCACAAGUACAUUAUGAAGAACCCACUCCAACAGAAUAUGAUACACAUAUCCGUUACAAGCCAGAACCUCAAACCUUUCCUUCUGCACCCACAGCUAGGGCUGCUGAAACGAAACCAUAUUUUGAUCAACAGCCGAGGGGUUAUGAGCAGAAUCCUUCACAGGGGUUUAAUGUGAAGCAAGGACAAUAUGAUCUUUCUCCUAGAAUAGAAACCAUGCCUCCUUCAGCACAGAUAAAGUCGGACCUUCUGCCAACCAGUAGUAAACCUUUACCUCCACCAGUUGCCGUGAGAGAAGAGGAAGAUGAUCCAGCUAUGAAACCACAGUCUGUACUUACAAGAGUUAAGAUGUUUGAGAACAAAAGAUCGAUUCAAGGAGAGAAAAACAAGGACUUGAAUGAUGUAACCGUUUUAAAGGCCCCAGAACUUGCACCCAAACCUAUAACUGUUCCAGUAACUGCAUCUAAAGCCCCACUGCCUUAUUAUGAUCAAGAAAAGUCAACAUAUAGAGUACCUGAACCGCAGAAACCUCAAAUGAAGCCACCAGAAGAUAUAGUUCGUUCUAACAACUAUGAUCCUGAAGAAGAUGAGGAAUACUACCGGAAGCAGUUGUCUUACUUUGAUCGUAGAAGCUUUGAGAAGCCCACUCCUCCUCUGUCUGCGAACAUCCUCCCUGAGCCUGCUAAACCUGGACAGUCUCAGAGUCAACUUAGCUUUAACAGCUACCCCUCCAAAUUUCUUGGCUCUUACACUAGCUAUGACUACUUGAAAAGGAGCAUCAAGUGGGGAAAACCUGCAGAUCUGGAUCCUCCUGACAGGCCUAUAAGUGAGAAAUUAUAUGACCCAACCCCACAGAUUUCUUCCACAUCACAGUAUAACCAGCCUUCUCCAGUGCUUGUAAACCAUGCAGCACAUACUAAACAUAUACAUCCAGAAGUCAGUUCUAUGUCUUUGGAGAUUACCAAUUCCACCGUGGCUAAACCGCAACCACCACCACCUCAGGCCAAGCCAACUGUCUUCAGACCUUCUAAUAGAGAGGAUACAGUACAGACAAACUACUUCCCCCAGAAAAGCUUUCCUGACAAAAGUCCUGUUAAUGGCACUGAACAGACUGCAAAAACCAUCACACCAUCAUUUAACCGGUUUACUCCCAAACCAUAUACCCAUUCUGCCAGACCUUUUGAACGCAAGUUUGAGAGCCCCAAGUUCAAUCACAAUCUCCUGCCAAACGAAGCACAAGGGAAGCCUGAGCUGCCCGCCAAACCUCAGAAUUCUCCUCAACCAAUAUUGAAAUCAACCAAUGCGGCCAUGUCUCCUGAGAUUGAUGGUACAUCCAAGCAAUUGGACAACAAACCUAAAUAUCAACAAAAUAAUGUCAAUGCAGUGCCUAAAGCUAUCCCAGUCAGUCCGUCUGCUCUGGAAGAUGAUGAGGAGGACGAUGCUCACACUGUUGUAGCAACUGCUAGAGGCAUUUUCAACAGCAAUGGCGGUGUGUUAAGUUCCAUAGAGACGGGAGUCAGUAUUAUCAUACCUCAAGGAGCUAUUCCUGAUGGCAUUGAGCAGGAAAUCUACUUCAAGGUCUGCAGGGACAACAGCAUCCUUCCACCUCUGGAUAAAGAGAAAGGCGAAACGCUACUCAGUCCUUUGGUAAUGUGCGGGCCCCAUGGAUUAAAGUUCCUGAAACCGGUGGAGCUGCGCUUACCACACUGUGCGUCUAUGACUCCUGAUGGUUGGUCUUUUGCUCUAAAAUCAUCCGACACCUCGUCGGGUGACCCCAAACAUUGGCAGAACAAAUCUCUUCCGGGUGACCCUAAUUAUCUUGUCGGAGCAAAUUGUGUAUCUGUAUUGAUAGAUCACUUCUAAGCGUACAGUGUAAAGACCACAGAUAAUGUGAAAUCUGCUUUGGACCUAUUCUCUUUACACAUCCUAUUGAGUAUUAUUUGAUCUCUAAGUAACAAUGGGACUCAAUAGUGCUUGAAAUUUUGCCUGAACUUACGUAUUGCGGAGUAGACUUUAAAGCCAUGGUCAAAAUUUUGACCUCUGAAACGGCAUGUGAAGGUCCUACCAAUGUUACGCCUUCCUUGUCUCUUUUAAAAAACAAAACAAAACAAAAAAAAAACAAAAAAGCCUUUCACUUGCUUUAGUUUGUCUUCAAAGGACCAACUCUGAUAACACUACAGUAAUUUUACAGAAUGAUCAUUUGGUUGCCCAAUGCCGCUGAAGGAUACUGCUUGCAUUUUUGGAAUUUGAUAACAAAGACUAGCACUUUUUUUUUUUUUUUUCCAUGAUUGGUAAAUGUCUGCACCAGAACAAAGCGAUUUGUGAAGGCAAGGGGCUGUGCAGUGUAGAUCUGCUAGUCAUUGCGGACUUAGUAAUCGGAUGAGACGCAACCACUAUAUAAAACUCAGUGAUUUGUGACAGGCUUCAUUUGGAAACCUGUGCAAAUAACACACUCACUCUCCCUUUGUUUCAAGGAGUCUAAAUACAUGUUGCAGCCCCCUUUGCAGCCAAAGGGUUUAUGUGGCUGGCGGUGGUUCUGGUGCUUCUGUGGAUCUGUAAAUUAACCAUUUACUACACACAUUUAACCAGCAGGGAUGCCUUACCCUCAUGUUAUGAUAGUCUUUGUUUCCUAGUUCUCUGUACUACGAAGUUCAUAUGGCUUUUUUUGCGCUUAUUUAGGGUAAUGUAUAAUGAAGAGAGAUUGAAGAAAAAUAUGAUUUAUUGUGAACUUAUUUUUGAGGCUAGCAGGCAGGGGAUAGAUUUCUCCUGCUGUCUGCCUUGAAGAUACUGAAGGAAAUUGUAUGUUUCUGCUAUGCAUUUAAAAAAAAAAAAUAUCUCAAAGAUGUUACAAUGCCUGUAUAUAAAAUGCGUGCAUACCACUUUUUUUUGUUUUUGUUUUGUUUGUAAAUGUAACUUUUUUAAGCUUUACUUUUUGUAUAAAAAAGAAAACUGAACGUUUCUUAAGGAUACCUUUGUACUCAUACCUUUUUUGAGCCUUGAACUUUGUAACAUCUGCAGCAAUAAAGCGCAUUUCUACAGCACUCACCACAAGAACAUUUUGAAGCAAAAUGCACAAAAAUUGCUAUCUUUAUAAAUGCUGAGCAUAAAUUCUCAGAAUUCUCUAGUUUGAUUAUUAUCUUUAAAGUAUCCCUGCUGCAAUUUGUGAUAAGGAUGCUGUAUAAUGUGCCCUAAAAUGUAUUUUUUUACUAAUAGACGAUUUAUUAUGGCACAUCCGCACGGUUUCAGUAGAAGAUACAGCACUGCAUUCUCCUAAUCAACUAUUAGUCCUUCACGUGUGGCUGAUUUUAUUUUUUAUUUAAUUUUUUUUCCUUUGCAGUUAUUAAAAACUACACAUUUCUAAAUAUACAAAAUAAAACUGGUUUUAAAAUAA